CUGAGAUUAGAGUUGUUUGGUUCAAGAAUGAUGCUGAGAUCCAACCUAGUGGCAAAUAUGCAAUGUCCUUUAUUGACUCUGUGGCAGUUUUGGAAAUAGCUGAUGCUAACAUUAAUGACAGUGGAGACUACACUUGCGAAGCACACAAUAAUGCUGGCAGUGUCAGCUGCAGUGGUUCUCUAAAAGUGAAAGAACCUCCUGUCUUCAUUGCAAGGCCAGAACCUGUGCUAACAUUAAAAGGUCUUGAUGUAACUCUUAAAUGUCAGCUGAGCGGCACACCUCCAUUUGAAGUUUCCUGGUUUAAAGACAGGAAGGAGAUUAAGAGC